ACAGCUGGUAUAUCUGUGGAUGGAAAGGCAAAAAUCAGGUGGGAAUUACAGCCGUUACCGAGCUCAAACAGAAAAACAUGUGGUCUUAUGUGUUAGCUCCUUGAAAAUUUAUCUGUUAAUGGAUUUCUUUAAUGAAUUCUAUGCACACCCAAGACUACAGGAUUACUAUGCGGUGAUAUUGUGUCCAACUGAGAUGGAUAUCCAGGUUAGACGCAUUCUUCAGAUUCCCAUGUGGUCUCAAAGAGUUAUCUACCUACAGGGUUCAGCCCUUAAAGAUCAGGAUUUGUUAAGCGCUAAG